UGGAUUGCCGCCGCCGACAUGGCUAGAAGGGCUUCAUGUCGCGAGGUCCUUCAUCCCGAGUGCAAGAGCGUGUUUCACAAACAGGGUUUCGUGUCAUUACCAAUUAAUUUGCUGUAUAAUCCUGCAGCACAUCAGUAUGUUCCUUCGGGAAGAACCCAUUUACCUUCGAUGAUGACGUCUGGCCCUUUCCACGACGGUUAGGGUUGAUAAGUGUCCUCCACUCUUGCUACCUCCCGGCGUCAAAUAUUUGGACUGGUUCCCCGCUGUAGCAACAUGCACAUCCAGAUUGAAUCACGGAGUGGCUGGAGAUUUACAGUCACUUCGUCUGACCAUAACGUCGUCAAGGAGACUACACGGCCCCGCACCAAGUCAUUCGUUAAUUACGAUUCCAAAAAGACAUCGACAGUCGGCGACGAGCCGCCUACACCGAAGCUUACAUCAAAAGUGUCGCGCCGACGUAGCUUUCGAAAACGUGUUGGUCGGUUCCUUGUCCACUUUCGAAUGCAUCCCGAAGAUACCGCAUUCACCAAUUGCGACGCCAGUGACCUCCUACCGCCGUAUGAACAUCGUCAAGAACACUACGAACUUCCUGCAGACUCGUUACUUCAAGAGCUCCCUGAUUUCAUACCUGAGAUCUUCGGAGAGUACUCAUUUGAGCUUGGAUGCCACGACGAGCACCACGUCGAAUACUCCCCCAUGGAUUACGUGAACCACCAAAGCGCUCCUUCGUGGUCGCAAGUACCCAACAAACGAAGCUACCCCACUAUAGGGUAUGCAAUACCACCGGCAUCCCAAUCAAUAGCAACACCGGUGUAUAAUCCAAGUCCGAAUACCGCGUAUCAGCUAUGCGCUUUACCAGGCAUAAUCAGAGGAGGGCAAUCAGACAAUUCAUCGCCGGUUUCACCCUUCACGCCCAAAUUGGAGGUCGGCCUGGGAACACAACAACAAUCCGACUCUGGCUUCUCUAACGGAAACGUGUCGCCUCACGACUCGAUCUCGCCCGUCGUACACCAAUAUGCAACGGAUGGGGCAGUCUACCAGGAGAUGCAAGGUUACCCUUAUUGUCCGACUCUUACGACUCCAGCUAGGGCAUAUUCAACAGUGCUUCCCGCUUCUCCCACACCAACCACAGACAACGACUCCUUCAACUAUCAACACUAUACGAACCUACAUUCUACCUCUUCGUCCUCAUUCCGGAAUUUGACGCCAUAUCUACAGCCAAGUCAAGAGUCGCUCACAUCACAACAGUCAAUUCCUAAUCCUGAGACACCCUGGUUUGAUUACGAAGACCACCGCCCUGAUUCUUGGGAAAAUAUUGGCUCGGCACGGGCCCGUCAAAUGAUCCAGGAACCUGGAAUGAUUGACCGAGACAACAUCAAUCAUUGGUCCCAGGGCAUUGUGCCUGAUGAGAGACAUAGUCUGGCGCUUUCCCCUACUGAGCUUUGUGGUCACGAAACCGUCCUGACAAACAAUUAUCCCAAUGAAGAUACAACCUUAGAAUACCCUCCAAUGGUGUGCAACGACUGCGGAACCGAGUUUCACGGCAAGUACGCAGACCUCCUCAGAACCAGCUUACAAUCAAGACACUCGCUGACUUUGUACAACAGGUACCGUCAGGGAAACUUGAGAAGGCAUGUCCGUGAGACACACAGCUUGCUUAAAUCUGCGGUGGGUAAGGCAUGCCGCGUUUGUAAGCAAGUCUAUAAUCGCACCGACGCCAAACGCAAGCACGAAUGGAAGAAACAUCGCCUGCCUGAUGCAAAGCCGAAUAAGCGUGCGAAACUCAUGAUACCAGUGGCGACAUAUUGAUCGGCUGUGGCUUCACCAUGUCAUGGCGCAGAUCGGGCGCAGGCAACGCUCUUACUUUCAUAGUCGUCUCAGAUCGCUUGCGACGGAUUUUUCCCUUUUACUAGGGGGUUCGACGUUCUGCUUCAUUCAGGUGGAACCUAACCGAGGGCGUGGAUCGCAUCCUAAUUCUUGUAUAUAUCUUAACAUCUUAAUCACUGCAACUUCCACCAGAGUCGGCCAG